CCCAUACCAAAUGCCUGUCAAUACAAGAUCGAUCAACCGCGAAGAGACUCCAGAGAAUCAAACUACUGCACCUGGAUCCUUUCCAACCCCAAUAACCGCGAGAAAACCACCACACAAUAACAAUAAUCAAGAUAACGACAAUAUGGCUGAUGAAGCUGCUGUCUUGAGGCGACGUAUUGCCCAGAUGAAUGAAGAACUACACCAGAUAAGAGCUUCUAGCAAUCCUACUGCUACAGCUACUGCCAAUGAUGACAAUGAUCUAAGCUCUGAUCUUGCUGCUUAUCUUCAGAAUCAUGAGGAUAUCCCUGCACUGAGCAGAGUCCUCCAAGAAUUCCGUGAACGCGUCAAAUACCUUCAAAAACCAGGUCUUCUCAAAUCAACAUCUGAUUACCCCAUUUGGAAGGAAGAGAUCCUGCUUGUUAAGCAAUCUCAUACAGAAGAUAUCCUCACUAGCAAGCCCUUGAAGAAUGCCUCUAAGGAUAUGAAAUGA